CCGCAGCGGCCCCGCUGAGCGUCUAGACCCGGGUACGCGCUUCACUCCGGACUCCGCGGGAGCACAGGCGAGCCGCUGCUCCCACUCACCCCCACGCCCACCAGGUGCGUUGAUCGUCGCCCUCCUGUACUCCACCAGCGGUGUCCAGUCACCUAGGUUGUCAGGGACAAAGGGAAGGGAGGAGCAACCCGGGACAGCUCGGAGAAAGUACACGUAAGCCCCCUGCGGACCCUCGGAUUGCCCCGGGGGAAGACCGCUGCGUCCCGCUAGCUAGCAGGUAGCUAUAGCCUACAGCCCCAAACCCGGAGUCUGGACUCUCACCCUGCUGGUGGCCUUUCCAGAGUGGGAUUGACCUAGCCUGUAUUCAGUAGCCCACCCCUUUCUCGGGCUCCCUCCCACCUAAGAUUAGCCUCCGCCGGGCAGCGCCAUGACGAUGAACCUUCUGCAAGAUUGGUGUAAGGAGCUGGAAGUGGAGGUGCACAGGGCCCUCCUGAUCACGGGCAUCCCUGAGCGCCUGCAGCAGGUGGACAUCGAAGCUACCCUGAGUCCGAACUUGCAGCCCCUGGGCAACUACAGGCUUCGGACUGUGAGAGCUGUAACCAAAGAGAAGUCUCAGGCAGCCCUUGUAGAAUUUGGGGCAGACUUCGAUCACUCUGCCAUACCUAUCCACAUUAGGGGAGAGAAUGGGAUCUGGAAAAUCCUGAGUAAGGACCGCGGGCAAGAUGCGCGGGUCCUUAGGCAGAUGAGGCGCCUGUUGCUGGAUGAAAGGCCCAUGGAUGACUUCAGAGAAAUAGCCAUCCCUCUGGUAUUGGAGGCCCAAGCCCAGGCCAAGGGAUUAGGGAAGGAGGCCAAGAAGGCUGGCUCCUCUGAAGGGGCAGCUAGGAGCGGCCGUCGAGGCCGUCGGGGAGGCAAGCGCCGAUCCAGAAGCCACAAGUUGACGGCUCAGAAGGGCCAGAAGAGGAGCCGGGGAGGGCGGCGAGCCAGGAGUGAGUCGGAAGACUCUUCUGAUGACAGCCUGGGUAUCGUCAUAGAGGAGAUCUACGCAGAGGACCUGAGCGUAGAUGAAGACCAGAGGGCCCUGUAUGCCACGCUCCAAGCAGCUGCCAAAGAGCUCACCAAGAAGUGGGCUUUUCGGGGUGACCAGGAAGAAGGAGAUGGCCCCCGAGAAUUCUUGGCACUUGUCACUGUCACCGACAAAGCUAAGAAGGAAGAGAUAGAGAAAGACCUUCCUGGGACAGAGUCUAUCUGCUUAAACAUCAAAGACGAAAAGAGCGGGGUCCCUGAUUUAGUUGCGCUACUGGCUGUGAGAGAUACCCCGGCAGUGGAGGUAGAGACAGAGGCGGAUGAUGAUGAUGACGACGAUGAAGAUGAAGAAGAUGAUGAAGAUGAUGACGAAGACGAGGACGACGAUGAAGAUGAUUCCGACAGCGAGUCUCUGGAAAAUGGAGAGCACGGAAAGGAAGUGAUGGAUAGCCCCGAGUUUGUGGCUAUUGUGGCUUAUACAGACCCCGCUGACCCCUCUGCCAGAGAGGAAAUGCUAAAAAUAGCUUCUGUGAUUGAGACCCUCGGCUGGGGCGACAAAAAAGACAAAAAAGAUGUCCUUCCUCAAGUCCUGUCCGUCAUGGCUAAGGACACCUCUGGGCCCAGGGUGAAAGUAGAGGAGGCAGGUCGCCAGGUGGACGCCAUGGUCCUGAGGAAGGCAGAGGAAGAUGGGAAUCUUCUGGAAUGUAUUUCUACCUUGGCUGAGGCAGAGAACUGCCCCAAGGGAAAGAAGUCUGGGCUAGGUCUCCUCAGAGGCUGGACCGCUGAGGGCCACCAGGGUGGCCUAUUGGAGCUGGUGGCACUCCUGGCUGCGCAAGAUAUGGUGGAAGCUGUGAGAGAGGAAGAAGCCAGCAGGUGGGGCAGUGGUGGAAGUGGUGGCCGGAAGUGUGACCAUAGCCAAGGUGGUUUAUCUGAGGUCCUGGCUUUCCUGGCCUCCCAGGAGAAUCUAGAAUCCAACGAGGAAUCGGACGAGGAUUCAGACACAGAGUCUGAGGGAGAUUCCGAGGACACUGACAGCGAAGAGUCCGAACCUGGUGACAGCGUGUCCAAGAAGCCGCGCGCCAAGAGAGCGCGCACAGGCUCCAAAGGCCUCCCACCGGCCGGCGCCACCGCGGUCUCCACCGCAUCCCGGGCACGCAAAGCCCGCAGGGGUGGCCGUGGUCGUGGCCGGGCUGUCACCCCAGAGAAGAAAACGGGGAGCGGGGUUUCAAUCGAGGACCAUGCGGGGAACAACAAUAACAAGAAGAAGAAGGGAUCCGCAGGACCCGGGGCCCGUGCCAGGGCUGGCGAGGCCAAGGGACAGCCAGCUGCUGUUCCCAAGUCUACCCGCGGAAAGAAAGCACGCAGGGGCCCAAGGCGGGCGCCCAAAUGCCGUUAGUGCCGCAGAUGUCACUACAAGCCCUGUCUCUUGUGUGUGAACUUCCCUCCCUACUUUCCUCCUAUUCUCUCUCCUCCCUGCAGCCCCCUCUCGCUUAACCGUGUGCGUUUGCUUUGUGCUCUGCUGCGUCCCUGGCUGGCUAUGGCCGUUGCCCAGCUUUCCCUCUCAGCUCUAUGAACAGAUGGCGAUGGCGCGAGCGAUCAUUAUGGCUGCAGCCUAGAUACAAGGAAAAAAGAGACAAGACACUCGGAUGCAGUGGCCAGUGGGUGCGAGGAGAAAUGGGCCCGAAGACACUGAGGGGUCUCUGCUCUACCGCUGGAGCCCCCCCUCCAUGCCUCCCGCGAAGUGACCGGUUCGUGGUACCUGGACCCUCUAGGAUGGAAAAGAAGUUCUGACCAGCCUCACACCCAGACUGUCCAGCUCCGGUGGGGACAUACAGAAACUGCAAGGGGUUUCUGUACCUCUUUGUACUCAGAGGCAGCCCCUCUCCUUGAUUCCCAGGACCAGUGGCAAUGAGGGGACAGAUGGAGAAGCAGGCCAGAGGGGCCUGUGGGCUGGAGAGGAAACCUCACUUCAUGUAGACUGAUGGACUUGGGGUCUAGUGGCUGGGGAGGGCCCCACAUGUCACUUUCCCUUGCAUAGUUAUAGGUACCUGUCCUUGUGUGCUGUGUGAUCCAGGAUCCUCAAAUGAAACAA